AUGGCGAUCCUUCGGCCCCAAGAACGAAGUCCCGCACAGAUUAAACAAGACCUGGAACGAGAGUUCUUGUUCCCUCCCACCACGUUUAGCCCAGACUGGUUAAACAAAUUGCAGCAAAGAUGGGACUAUCAAUCACCAGACUACACCGCACUCUGUCAACUGGCCCCUCCACAGACACGAACAAUCACCCGUUUCACCCGGGAAGGACUUGAGGGCAGAGUGUCUGGUUACAAGCAGGUCACGGUGCCUGCGUCUAGUGCAACAGCGAAGAAUUCUACCUCACUUCUCCGGAGACCAGCAAACCGUGCAGACUUCGUCCGCGGUGCUGCAGGCUUCCUCCCCUUUGCUCCUGGUGGACUAGACGACGUCGAUGUAAUUCAGGCUUAUGAGGACCAGAGUAGGAUUAAGGAAGAGAACCGAAAACCCAAGAAAUCCAGUGGACUCGACCGAAUCAUCAAUUUUGGUGCCAAAAAUGGGUUGCUGGAAGUCCCACCGGGAUUCGAGAGAGGAAUGAGGUUUCUAGACGAGAAAACCAAAGGAGCUCAGGAAGAUGCCGAAGAGGUUCAAGAGACAUUGGAAGAAGACGACGAAGAUGCCGACCCUACCGUCGAAGAUGAUCAGCCUAAGGGAGAAAGAUUACCCCCAAUGGAGAAUGGUGCUCUGGACAGCGGGGAAGAUGAUGAAGAUACUGACCUGGAUGAUCUGUUACCAGUUGAAUUUCCUUCGCUCGAACCGCACGGCGAACUGGCUUCUUCUUCCACCAAGAAACCUGGCAGAGAAUGGGCUCAUGUAGUCGACAUAAACAAAGGCAUUUCAAAUUUCUACGAACUCGUCCCCGAAAUGGCUCGGUCCUGGCCCUUCGAACUCGAUACCUUCCAAAAAGAGGCUGUUUAUCAUCUGGAGUCCGGUGACUCUGUGUUCGUGGCAGCGCACACCUCCGCCGGAAAGACUGUCGUCGCAGAGUAUGCCAUUGCACUGGCUGCCAAACGUAUGACGAAGGCAAUCUACACAUCCCCCAUCAAAGCACUUUCCAAUCAGAAAUUCCGCGACUUCAAGAACGUUUUCCAGGAUGUCGGCAUAUUGACGGGCGAUGUACAAAUCAACCCGGAGGCUAGUUGUCUCAUCAUGACCACGGAAAUCUUGAGAAGUAUGCUCUAUCGUGGUGCAGAUCUCAUUCGAGAUGUCGAGUUUGUGAUUUUCGACGAAGUGCAUUAUGUCAAUGACCUUGAACGAGGCGUUGUUUGGGAAGAAGUGAUCAUCAUGUUACCUGAUCAUGUCAAACUCAUCCUUCUGUCAGCGACAGUCCCCAACACUUACGAAUUUGCCUCUUGGAUAGGCCGCACCAAAAGGAAGGAUAUCUAUGUCAUCUCCACACCGAAGAGACCUGUCCCAUUAGAGCAUUACCUUUGGGCAGGCAAGGAAAUGCACAAGAUUGUCGAUUCCGAGAAGAGAUUCCUUGCCAAAGGUUGGAAGGCUGCAAAUGAUAUUCUCUCAGGGCUUGACAAAGUCAAGGAACAGAAGGCUAUCGAAGCGGCUCAAACUCAGGCUCGUGGAGGAGCACCUCCGAGAGGACCUCGGGGCCAACAACAGCGUGGAGGACCGAGUGGUCAAAGAGGCAGUCCGCAACGUGGACGAGGUCAAGUAGCCAACCGUGGUCAAGGCAAUAUUGCACGUACUGGUCGUGGAGGUGGCAGAACGACGGCAGCUCAAGAUCGAAACAUCUGGGUUCAUCUUGUACAGCAUUUACGCAAGGAGAAUCUUCUUCCCGCCUGUAUUUUUGUUUUCUCGAAGAAGCGAUGUGAAGAGAAUGCGGAUUCUCUCUCAAAUCAGGACUUCUGCACGGCGACCGAGAAGAGUGCAAUUCACAUGACCAUUGAGAAAUCUAUCGCCAGACUCAAACCGGAAGACCGGAUACUGCCACAAAUUAGACGUUUGCGAGAGAUGUUGUGCCGAGGUAUUGCUGUCCACCAUGGAGGUCUCUUGCCUAUUGUCAAGGAAAUCGUUGAGAUACUAUUCGCGAAGACGUUGGUCAAAGUCUUGUUUGCUACGGAGACCUUUGCCAUGGGCUUGAAUCUUCCCACGCGGACAGUAGUCUUUUCUGGUUACCGCAAGCAUGACGGACGCGAUUUUCGAAAUUUGCUCCCUGGAGAAUACACACAGAUGGCCGGUCGUGCAGGCCGUCGAGGUCUUGAUACUGUUGGGACAGUCAUCAUUGUCACCCCCGGCAAAACCGAAGCUCCUCCUGCGCAAGAAUUGACCCAGAUGAUUACCGGACCAGCUACCAAACUUCGCAGCCAAUUCAGAUUGCACUACAAUAUGAUCUUGAACCUCAUGCGAGUCGAGGCGUUGAAGAUUGAGGAAAUGAUCAAGCGCAGCUUUUCCGAGAAUGCUACCCAGGCCCUUUUACCACAGCAUGAAAAGCAAGUUGCACUAUCCCAAGCAAAUCUGGAUAAGAUCAAACGGGAACCCUGUGACAUUUGUGACAUUGACCUAGAAGCCUGUCAUGAUGCAGCAAUGGAGUUUGAAAAACUUACGAAGGAGCUCUAUAUCAAUUUGUUGUCGUCGCCAGUAGGGCGCCGUCUAUGGACGGCUCGGAGACUUAUAGUGUACAAAAGGGAUGGCAUGCGCAUGGUCGGGGUGCUACUCGAGGAUGGACCUAGGCGCGGAGGCCCAAACCCUCAUUUCCAAGUCCUCGAAAUAUCCGAUGUCGAUGCGAAACGAUCAGCAAGAGAUUUGCUUCCAUACCUCCCAUGUAUGCGGAUGAAGUUUGCCCCGUUACCCGAUCAAGCUUCCCGAGUGAACAGUUCUGUUACCCAGGUUUUACUGGACGAUGUGGAAUGUGUCACUCAAACAGUUGUCAAGGUCAGAGGCCCUCAUUGGUACAUCAAAAUCACGAAAGUUCAAAAACAAUUUGCUGAAGAAGAAUUUGUCAAUGUGUAUUCAUCGUGGAUCUCCACCGCCUGGAACGAGCAGGAAUGGGGCAAAGUUCAUGAAUUACGUGUUCGAGAAUUGCUGGCUGAGAGGCGCAAUGUGGCACAAAUUGUUCAGAAUGCAAAGUGCCUGAAGUGUCCGAAUUUCCUGAAGCAUUACGGCAUGCAGCACGACGAAUGGUUGAUCAAGGAGAACAUCCAAGCGCUAAAGUUGCUCAUGUCCGACCAGAACUUGGCCUUGUUACCGGACUACCAACAGAGAACCGAAGUCCUGAAAGAUCUCGGAUUCAUCGACGAACAGUCUCGAGUCCAACUCAAGGGCAAGGUUGCUUGUGAAAUUCAUUCCGCUGACGAACUUGUCCUCACCGAACUUAUCCUCGAAAACAUUUUUGCAUCGCUUGAGCCGGAAGAAAUCGUCGCACUCCUUUCCGCGUUCGUAUUCCAAGAGAAAACCGACAGUGAGCCCCAGCUCAGUGAGCGCCUGAAACGCGGCAAGGACGCCAUCAUCGACAUCUCGGAGAGAGUCAACCAAUACCAGAUCCUGCACCAGGUGAUUUUGUCAUCUGACGACGCCAAUGAUUUCGUCUCGCGCCCAAGAUUCGGGCUGGUGGAAGUUGUCUACGAAUGGGCCAGGGGAAUGUCGUUUAACCGCAUCACCGAUCUCACCGAUGUGAUGGAGGGGACGAUUGUGCGCGUGGUAACUAGGCUGGAUGAGACAUGUAGAGAGGUCAUGAGUGCAGCGAGACUCAUUGGUGAUCCAGGCUUGUAUCAGAAAAUGGAUAAAGCGAGAGAGCUGAUUAGACGAGAUGUGGUGUUUACGGCCAGUUUGUACAUGUGA